CGUCAAGGGCGUUAUAAGGCAUGGCUGGCCGCUAUCCAUCGCCAUCACCCAGCCUCUGCCUCAGCCUUCCGAGCACCUCACCUCACCCCGGCCUACCCGCCUCAACCCAACCUACCCCGCCUCGCCCUCAACCUCGCCUCCAACAUGUCGGCGAUCCACACUGCGGAGUCGGAGAAGAUCGAUGACCUCCAGCACCUCGACAAGCACCUCGAGUCUGGCGGCGAGAAUGAGCUCAAGACCGUCAUCGCCCAGUCGAACAUCCCGCGCUGGAGCGCCUCCUCCAUCAAGCUCUAUCUUGGCGUGUUCUGCGCAUGCUGCUGUGCAUUCGCCAAUGGCUACGAUGGCAGUCUCAUGACUGCCAUUCUGGCGAUGCCCGCUUUCAACAACCAGUUUGGCUCGUACGACAGCAACGGAGUGUUCAACGAGAUUCAGACCAACGGCACGCUCACUGGCGUCAUUUUCUCGCUUUACACGGUUGGCUCGAUGGUCGGUGCCCCCUUCGCUGCCAUCAUCAGUGACCGCCUGGGCCGCCGCAAGGGCAUGUUCCUGGGCGCUUGCAUCAUUAUCAUCGGUAUGAUUCUGACCUCGACCUCGCACCACGUCGGUCAAUUCAUUGCUGGUCGCUUCGUCCUCGGCUUUGGUAUCGCUGUCAUGACGGUUGCUGCGCCCGCCUACUCAAUGGAGAUCGCACCGCCCCAGUGGCGUGGCCGCGCGACCGGUAUCUACAACUGUGGCUGGUUCGGUGGCUCCGUCCCUGCUGCGGCCGUUACCUUCGGCACGUCUUUCAUCAAGGGCCAGAUGAGCUGGCGCCUCCCCCUCAUCCUUCAGGCUGUCGCGUGCUUCCUCGUCAUGGCUAUUCUCCCUUUCGUUCCCGAGAGCCCCCGUUUCCUCAUCGCCCAGGGCCGCAUUGAGGAGGCUCACGACUUCCUCACCAAGUACCACGGCAACGGCAACCCCAACGACGCGCUUGUCGCCUUUGAGCUCCGCGAGAUGAAGGCCUCGAUCGCCCUUGACGGCAUUGACAAGCGCUGGUGGGACUACCGCCCGCUCUUCCUCACCCGCGGCGGUCGCUGGCGCAUGGCCCAGGUCCUCAUGAUUUCCGUCUUCGGUCAGUUCUCGGGUAACGGUCUCGCGUACUUCAACACCAUCAUCUUCAAGAACCUCGGUGUCACCACUGUUGCCGCCCAGCUCGGCUACAACCUUCUCAACCAGGCCAUCUCCGCCGCUUGCGCCCUCACUGCCGCGACCCUCACCGACCGCAUGCCCCGUCGCGCCAUCCUGCCUUGGGGAACUCUCGGCUGUGCCGUCCUCCUCGGCAUCAACGGUGGUCUCUCGAGCGUCCUCGACAAGCAGGUCAACAAGGCUGGCUUCAACGGCGAGGGUCCCAUCUCCAAGUCGGUCGCCCAGGGUGCUCUUGCCGCCUACUUCCUCUUCAACUGUCUCUUCUCCUUCACCUACACGCCGCUGCAAGGUGUCGUCCCCGUUGAGGCGCUCACCACCACCAUGCGCGCCAAGGGUCUUGCCGCUUCCGGCUUCAUUGUCUCCGCUAUGGGCUUCAUCAACCAGUUCGCCGGCCCUAUCGGCCUGCAGAACAUUGGCUACCGCUACGUCUUCGUCUUCGUGGCAUGGGACUGCAUUGAGGCGCUCGCCUGGUUCCUUUUCGGUGUCGAGUCGCAGGGCCGCACUCUCGAGGAGCUCGACUGGAUCUACGAGCAGCCCAACCCUGUCAAGGCUUCCAAGCGCGCCAAGCAGAUCGUUGUCGACGAGGGCGGCUUCCAGGCCACCACCCACUAAACGCGGGCGCCUCGGCUCUCCUCGGCUCUGGUCGCGCGCGGCCACCUCGCCACAUCACUCUUUUGUCAUUCUUAGCAUUCAUGUCUCGCAACGAUGGUAGUAGUAAGGGAAGGACGGAAGGGAAGGUUGUGUUCUCUAGGGUUUUUGGCGAUGCACAGUUAUCC